AUGGCUAGACUGAUCCAAGAGUUCGAGAUUUCCACCGACAAGAAGAAAACUACAUAUUUACGCCAUAACGAGGACACAGAACAUGCGCAGACGGCAUUUAAGCGCCAUGUAUGUAGCUUAGUUAACACUAUUGACCAUUUUGGAAAUCCGUUCUGUGAAGAUAGCUGUGAUCUUUUUGUACUUGACAACAGGAAUAUUGCUGAGAAAGCCAUUGUUGAAAGUGUGUUUCAGAUUGAAAAGUUGGGACAGGAACAGUAUAGCGCGUACGUCAACGAGCGGCUAGUCAAUCAAAAUUUACCAGUUUCUGAUCCAAUCAAGAAGAAAAGUCUUCCUCUUUUUGGACGACCUCAAGUAAAAGAGAAAAACAAGACUCACCAACAAUUAACAUCCCUUAAGAAUGAUCGCUCACUUUUCUCUAAGCU